AUGCAGGGACUGCAUAAUCUUCAUGGAAACUUUAAUGUUCCAAACAUGCCAGGUGCACUUGGAUCGAGAAGUACAACUAUGAAUAACAUUGCUUCAAGUGGGUUGCAACAAGCUUCUGGCAACCUUUCUACCGGACGUUUUGCAUCCAACAACCUUCCAGUUGCUCUUUCUCAGAUAUCUCACAGCAAUACACAUGUUCAUUCAGGGAUGGCAAGUAGGGGUGGUAUGAAUGUCAUAGGAAACCAAGGGUAUAGUAGCAGCACUAAUGGAGUUGGUGGUACUAUCCCAGGGAUCCUACCAACAUCUGCUGCAAUUGGCAAUCGGACGUCUGUUCCCGGUCUUGGUGUGUCUCCGGUCUUAGGAAAUGCAGGGCAACGGAUUACAAGUUCAAUGGGUAGUAUGGUUGGUGGGGGCAACAUUGGCCGAAAUAUUAGCUCAGGUGGAAGCAUUACACACUUUCAAGACUUUGUGGUCUGGAAUUAUACCCCCCCUCCAUCAAUCAACAAUAGCAUCAAGAUGGAAGUUGGAAUUGAGGACUGCCUUCAUAUCGAGUUUGAGUACAAUAAGGGCAAGUAUGCAAUGCUAACUCUCAACUCGGUUUUACCAGUCCAUUUGAGAUAGAACUGAAUUUCAAUUCUUGGUGCUGCUUAGGUCAUGUAGGUGAAGUAUUAUAUGAUUAUGUGAUUGGGGAUCAUUUAAAAGACCUCGAUUAAUUGAGAUAAUGAAUUGUUCAAUUUUUGUUUAUAUCUAUAGGAAUACUGUGUACUUUACAUAUAGGUUGCUGAGAAAGAAUGCAUAUUGCUGCUUCAUAGCU